CUUUCAACACUUCCCACGAGACAGGUGCGUCGGCUUCUGCUGGCUCUGGCAGCCUUGGUCUCAGUUUCGAUGGCGACUUUGACAGCAGUCACUCCAGCAACGGCAGUGGUAGCAUGCUGGACAUGAGCAUGGAGAACGAUUUCCUACCUUCUCACGACCACUCUCAUCCUCAAUACCAUUCGGGAACCCAAUUCAAUCAUUCUCAACAACCUCUAGGACCCGUAGCUCAAGCUCAACAACAACAACAUCUUCAUCAUCAACAUCAGGAAGAUCACGACACCAAAGACUUCAUUGACGACCUUCUCAAGAAGAUUGGCAUCCAAAUCCCUAGCGUGGGGGAGAGUCAGUAAGGCGAUGACCACCCUGCAUCCCAUUCAACCACGUCUCAAUGCAACGCACAGCCAGCCGUCACGCUGCUCCUUCAAGUCGGAUCUCUGCCCCCUCUUCGUCACUCUUGCAUCGCUCCGCUUCCUAUUCUAUCGCAUCGCAUUGGUCUGCUCCUGUUCUCUACCUUUCCCUUCUCUUGUAGCUCUAUACCUGCACCCUUUUUUUUUUCCCCCCUCUGAGCUGGAUCCGAGAUCCAUCUCCACUCUCGCUCUCGCUCUCGCUCUGGAAUCACUUCUCGCUCUCCUUGUCCGUUCUGUCGCACAACCUCCUCCCUCUCCCAACCUCACCUCAAGUCGCUCCUUACUGUUCCAUUCCACUUCCAUUCCACUCCUCUUCUGUCUGGUCAGUUCGAUGUCGCUUUCCCUUCCUGUCUUUUUCUUUCCCAUUUCCCAUGCCCCCCUUUUCUUCUUUCUCUCUCUCACACACACUUUUACGAAAUCGAAAUGAAAACGAAGAACUUAUGAAUGGAUGAAUGGAAAUUUCUUUGCUUUGCACGCUUGUCACUUGUCACUCGUCACUUGUCACUCGUCACUCGUCACUUGUCACUCGUCACUCGUCAC